AUGCACUCUAACGGCAUGAUUGUGGAAACAAUAGAGAACCCAUCUACUCUAAAGCUUCAUUCCUUUGAUCAACACUUGGACAAUGCGGAAAAUAUAUUGCACAGAAUAGAAACUUACAGACUUAAGCUGAAUGACCAUAUUUAUGGCAUGAAGAAACUGGUGGCCACCAACCGAAGUUUAAUUGCACGGUUGCAGGACAACGAGCUAAAAAUGAAGGCGCUUCUGGAAGAUAAAGCCCAAGAUAAGCAAAUGGGUCAAAAAAAUCGCUCUAGUGGAAGGAGGUGUCAUUUACGUAGGACCUGCAAGGUGACCAACAUCAGAGAGAUAUGUUGGACGCAAUGCAAGUCGCACAUCUUUCCACAAAUGAAUGAAAAAAACCAGGACUUGGUGAAAUUGCACAGGAAAAGGAGUAGUUUGCUUAGCUUACUCAGGAAAGACUUGGAUCGGCAGAAAGGUGGUCAGGAGCUUAAAAAGACGAUGAAGCUGUAUCCCGAUCCGGAUAAACACCAGGAGAUUGUUUUUAAAGUAAAAUGUAUUUUAAGGCUGGUUGAAAGGCUGGACCUGAAAAUAGCGUCAAAUUCAGAUGUAAAAACAGUUUGCAGACAAGUGCUGAGUGCGAUGUGCGAGCGUCAAAGGCCCUGUAGUGAGCAUAAAAUAGUUAGGUCCCAUCUGACCUCUAUCCCCGAAAAUCCCUAUUUAUCUCUUUCUGAAUAAAAUAAUAUAACUA